GCCUUCUCCACAUAAAAGCUUGACCUCGACCUUUUACCUGGUUCCCAAUCCCCCAUACACCGCAUUCUCCUGAUCGCUACCAACAGCAGCGACUUUAUCGUUUACCGAGGAUCCAUCCCACUUAAUCCUUGAACAAGAUGCCUUAUCCCGCCCCAAAUCGAAAACCCAUGCGCGAGCGCAUGGAGGAGUACAUCAACGAUCUCCAGGACCGAAUCGUGACCGCCUUCGAAGAGCUCGAUCCCAAAUCUCCUCCCUUCAAACGGGACUCGUGGGUCCGUUCGCAAGGAGGCACAGGUCGCUCCUGUGUCUUCGCUGCGCCCGUCGACGAAGGUGCGACCGGAUCCGACACGCACCAAUCCGUACUCGAAAAAGCCGGCGUGAACAUUUCGGUCGUCCACGGUGUCUUGCCUCCGGCUGCUAUCAGGCAGAUGCGGGCUGACCACUCGUCGAUGCCUCUCCCUGAGAGGAAAGAGGGGCUCCCGUUCUUCGCAUCUGGACUCAGCCUCGUCGUUCACCCCCGCAACCCCAACGCACCCACCGUCCACGCCAACUACCGCUACUUUGAAAUCACCGAGCCUGUCGAAGAGGGGGACGAAAGCGACGAAGGAGCGGAAGGCAGCGGGCAGGAGAAGAAGAAGCGAGGCAAAGUUUUGGCAUGGUGGUUCGGCGGAGGCUGCGACUUGACGCCUUCGUACCUGUACGAAGAAGACGCCGUGCACUUCCACAAGACGAUCAAAGACGCCUGUGAUAAACACGGCCCGCAGCUCUACCCGACGUUCAAGAAAUGGUGCGACGAGUACUUUUAUAUCGUGCAUCGGGAGGAGACGAGAGGAGUCGGCGGGAUCUUUUUCGACGACUUGAACACGGGCCCGCACCUCCGCUUCCCGUCUUCCUCGGCGGCCUCGAAACGCCCGUCCUCGCCAGAGGAGUUGUUCGAGUUUGUCAAGGAUCUAGGGGACUCGUUCAUCCCGUCCUACCUCCCCAUUCUUCAGAGACGGCAUUCGCAGCCGUUCACGCCCCGCCAGCGACGGUGGCAGUUGAUUCGACGGGGGCGGUAUGUCGAGUUCAACUUGGUGUAUGACCGGGGGACCAAGUUUGGGUUGAUGACGCCUGGCGCGAGGAUUGAGAGUAUCCUUAUGAGUUUGCCUGAGACGGCUAGGUGGGAGUACAUGUCGGACAUGGGUCAGGACGAAGGGUCGGAAGAGGCAAAGCUGCUCAAAGUACUCAAGCAUCCGAGGGAAUGGGUUUGAUAUUGGACAAAGUUAAAAAAAGAAAGUGUAUUAUUAUUGUUCUCACCACUCAUGCUUAUACUGU